AUGCGCUCCCUGUUCCCACCUGUUCCCACUGUUCCUGUCUGUUCCACCCACCCCACCAGCCCCACCAGCUCACCAGCUCCCAGCCCUGUUCCUGUUCCCCACCACCUGUUCCACCCCACCCACCUGUUCCACCCCACCACCCCUGUUCUCCUGUUCCUGUUCCCACCAGCCUGUUCCCCAGCCCCAGCCCUGUUCCACCAGCCCCACCUGUCUCCCCUGUUCCCACCUGUUCCUGUUCCUGUUCCCCAGCCCCAGCUCCCAGCUCAGCCCACCCCUGUUCCAGCUCCCACUCCCAGCCCUGUUCACCUGUUCCCAGCCCUGUUCCCACCCCCAGCUCCCAGCCUCCCAGCUCCUGUUCCCAGCCAGCUCCACUCCCUGUCUCAGCCCUGUUCAGCUCCCAGCUCCCACCAGCCCCACCAGCUCCCCAGCACCCUCAGCCUCACUCCCAGCUCAGCCCCCACUGCCCCAGCUCCAGCUCCCCAGCCUCCCACCAGCUCACCCUUAGCUUAG